CUGCUAGUCGAGCGCCGAUAGCGCAAGAAAGAGGAGCUGCAAGAUGGCGCAAGCUAUAUUUGAAGUGCUUGAAGGCAUGGACAACCAGACAGUGCUGGCGGUCCAGUCUCUGCUGGACGGCCACGGUGGAGUCCCUGACCCGAACAAUCAGAACGUCUCCGGGACGUCCACGUUACAGUCCAUGGAUGACGAGGACGUGUUCCUGUGUGGGAAGUGUAAGAAACAGUUCAAUUCUCUGCCGGCCUUCAUGACACACAAGAGGGAGCAGUGCCAGUCCAGCGUCCCCUCCCUCUCCACGGUGUCCUUGGCCUCCACCAACGCCUACACGCCAGUGCCCUCGAUCAGCUCGGGACCGCAGACCCCUGCCAACAGACAGGUAUCCACCUACAUCACAGUACCCCCCUCCCCUCUGACACACACUCUGGUCCAGGGCAACGUGCUGGUCAGCGACGACGUCCUCAUGUCGGCAUCUCAGCCUUCCACCUCCAUCGACCAGCCCAUGGCCGCCAUGCAGACGCCUUCGCAGAGUAACCUGAGCAUGCACGCAGCUGGUGUCUCAUACCUGCAGCAUCACCACCACCACCACCACCACCAUCAUCAUCAUCACCAGCAACAACAGCAACAACAACAACAACAGCAGCAGCAGUCCUCCCACCCCCUGCCCUCCGGCCAAACACCGGCCCACCCCUUCCAGCUGGACAGCCCCGCCCAGCAGCCACUCUCCUCACAGGUCCCAGCAGGCCACAGCAACUCAGUGGUCCAGGUGUACAGCGCACUGCCCCACAUGGGCGGGGGCGCAGAGAUCACGCCCUUAGGUCUGCAGCCUUUCCAUCCCGUUCAGGUGCCAAGUCAGUGCGUGGAGAGCCAGUCGUACACGACCCCCCCCCGGUCUACAGCCCCGGGAAAGCAGGGCGCCAAAACGAAGACCUGCGGCAUCACCGCCAAUCUGACGGAGCUGGGCGACUUCGAAAAGGUCAUCAUCCCCAAGCGGUCGAGGAGCAGCAAAAAAAGCUCUGAAGGAGCCACAGCAGAGCAGCUGAAAGGAAACGUUCCGAAGCUGAAAUGUAAUUUCUGCGACAAAAUCUUUUCGAAAAACUUCGAUCUUCAGCAGCACAUUAGAAGUCACACGGGAGAGAAACCGUUCCAGUGCAUCGUCUGUGGCCGAGCGUUUGCCCAAAAGUCCAACGUGAAGAAACACAUGCAGACACACAAGGUGUGGCCCAUGGGUGUGGCCAGCACGGUGUCCAGAUUACCAAUCACAGUCAAGGUGGUACCAGUGUCGUCCAAUGAGGAGGAGGGGGGCGUGGAGCAGCAGCAGCAGCAAGGUGAACCGGAGGAGGAGGGGUCACAGCAGCAGAACUGUCAAUCACAACCAGAGGAAGAGGUCGUUCAAACAGAAGCUCCGGUGGAAUCGGAGGAGAGCGCGGCCGAGGCUCCGGCCGAUCCGGAGUGUACGCAGAACGGGCAUCAGGUGCAGGUGCAGUCCAACCAGGACCAGCAGUGCCAAGCUCCGACCAAGCAAAUCGUUGUGAUCGACAGCUCCUACCAGUGCCAGUUCUGCGCCAGCAAGUUCAAGACCUACUUCCAGCUCAAGUCUCACCUGACCCAGCACAAAGGGGAGCAGGUCUACAAGUGUGUGUUGAAGUCCUGCUCCCAGACCUUCCAGAAGUUGGAUCAGUUCCUGGAGCACAUCAGGACGCACCAGGAGCAGCUGACCUACCGCUGCCACCUCUGCAGCAAGGAGUUCCCCUCGCUGUUCGAACUGGGAGUCCACCAGUACUCCCACUGCUUCUGCCCGCAGCAGAGCACACGCAAGGAAACCAGCAUCUACAGGUGUGUCAAGUGUCAAAGCCGAUAUUCGACCCAGGAGGCACUGGAGCAGCAUCUACUGACCGCGUCGCACAACUUUCCCUGCCCACACUGUCAAAAGGUUUUCCCGUGCGAGAGGUACUUCCGACGCCACCUCCCCACGCACGGCGUCGGCGGGAGGUUCAAGUGUCAGAUCUGCAAGAAAGCCUUCAAGACGGAGCACUACCUCAAACUGCACACUCGCAUUCACUCAGGUGAAAAGCCAUACAAAUGCUCCCUCUGUGAGGCGACGUUCAACAGGAAGGACAAAGUGAAGCGACACAUGCUCAUCCAUGAACCCUUCAAGAAAUACAAGUGUCCCUUUAGGACACAUGUGGGCUGCACCAAAGAGUUCAACAGACCCGACAAACUCAAGGCCCACAUUCUGUCACAUUCUGGUAUCAAACCCUACAAGUGUCUUUUUUGUCAGAAGGCAUUCAGCCGCAGGGCGCACAUGCUGGAGCACCAGCAGUCUCACACGGACAACUACCGCUUCAGGUGCUCCACCUGCAACAAAGGCUUCACCCGACAGAGCUAUUACAGGGACCACAAGUGUCCUGCAGCGGGGAACGGGACGGGGACCGAAGGAGGGGCCGAAGACGAGGAGGAAGACGAGGAGGAAGACGAGGAGGAAGACGAGGAGGGAGACGAUGAGGGAGACGAGGCCGCCGCCGGCGUAACGGUGCCAGAGGAGAAGGCAGGAGAGGACGACGGGAGGAGAAGCAUGUUCUUCAGGAGAGAAAGUAUGCCGGGAGGUGACGACGGGGAGAUUGACGACAGCUCCAGGGGCAGCCAAGAGCAGGCGGACACACACGAGGAGGAGGAGGAGGAAGAGGAGGAAGAGGAAGAGGAGGAAGAAGAGGAGGAGGAAGAAGAGGGAGAGGAGGAGGAGAGGACUGACGAGGGUUGUCAGGCUGCAAUGACUAUCACCAGCAUCGAAGGACAGGAGGAGGAGGAGGAGGAGGAGGAAGAGGAGGAUGAUGAUGAUGCAAUGGAACAUGGUGGCAUGGCGCUGGAUCAGAUUCAGAGCAGUGACCAAAACUGUUUGCAGCAGCCAUGUUUGUAGUUUUUAAUGUCAUCUUAGCUGGAACGUUUUCUGCUCAUGGACCAAACGAACCAAGCUAUCCAUUAUUAUUUAUUUUUUCUAGUCUGGGAAAUCAUUAUUUGUUUUAUAUUAAAACGUUACGCACACUGCUAGUGUUACCUUGUAGAUCUAUACUGUCAAAAUGAUCAGUGGACCUUUUCCAUGUACUGGUGGACAAUUGUUGUGCAAGAUAAGCCACAGUGGUUCUUUUAAAAACGUCAUAAUGUCAAAAGUAAUGGAAGUUUCUUCAUGGAUUUGAUGUCGCAGAAAGUAAAUUAUUUUAAGCUUA